UUAUUUCGUACCCCUCUUGCCUAUCACCAAUAUUACUUUUACAACUGCAUGUCUCUUUUUCGUGGUGUAUGACCACGUUAUAAAGCUAGCGGAAAAUUUCCUGUAAUUUCCAUUUGACGUAAAUUUUAUCAAUUCAAAUUUCUCUAUGGCUCCAGCAGCUACAAAACAGGGUGGGAAAGCCGGAGGUGGUGAUAAAAAGCCUGCACCUAAGAAGUCGCAAGCGCCUCAACCAGCUAAAGCAAAACAAGAUGCUCCUAAACCCAAGACCGAAACUAUUAAGGUGCAGCCUAAGAAAGCUGAACCUGUUGUAGAACCCAAACAACAAAUCAAAAAAGAUACUAAGCAACAAGCAGCUCCUAAAACUCAAGCUGCGAAAGAACAACCCAAAAAGGAACAGACACCAGCACAAAAGAAAGGUAGUCAAGAUAGCAGUAAAAAACCUGCUCAGCUACCUAAGACUAGUGCAAAAGCAGAACCAGUUAAAGGUAACAAUAAGAUUGCUAAAGGUGAUUCCAAGGCUACUAAGAAAACUGAACCAGAAAAACCCAAGGUUAAGGAACCAGAAGUGACACAGGUUAAAAAAGGACAACAAGCAACUGCACCUCAGUUGAAGAACAAGAAAGAAGAACCCAAAAAGGUUAAGGAAGAACCAAAAAGUAAAGCUGUUAAACGAGCAGCAGAGGAAGCUCCCAAACCUACUAAAAAGGAUAAGAAAGAACCUGUUAAAUCUGAAAAGAAACCCGAACCUACAAAGGCUGUCAAGAAGCAACCUGAAGCUACCAAAAAAGCUCCAGCUGCUGAGAAAAAACCAGCAGACAAGAAAACGGUUGAAAAGGAGACUGCUAAUAAAAGUGCUCCACCUAAAAAACAAUUGACAACUGCUGCUAGUAUUAAGAAAACUGUUGCUCCACCUACAUUAAAGAAAGCUCCUGGUGCUCCUUCAAAAGUAACUUUAAAUAAAAAAGCAAAUUCAGCACCAAAAAAACCUAAAACUACUCUUAGAGGUAAAGGCACGGCCUUGAAGAAGAAGAAGGAAACGAGAAAAAUGACUAUUGAUUGUACUCAUCCAGUAGAAGAUAGCAUCAUGGAUGUCAAUAAUUUCGAAAAGUUCCUCCAAGAGAGAAUAAAAUAUAAUGGCAAGACAAAUAAUUUCAGUAAUGUCAUUUCUCUGGAGAAAACAAAAACGAAAAUUUUUGUCAAUUCAGAUGUACCUUUUACUAAAAGGUAUUUGAAAUAUUUAACUAAAAAAUAUUUAAAGAAAAACAAUUUGAGGGAUUGGUUAAGAGUUGUUCAUAGUGGACCUGAUAGCUAUGAACUCAGAUACUUCCAGAUCAAUAAUGCUGAAGACGAUGAUGAAGAAGAUAAUGCUGAUUAAAAAUAGAACUUAAAUUUUAUUUUUAAUUAUUUGACCUUGUACAUCAUCUUGAUUAAUAAAAAUAAAAUAAUAAAAAAUAAAAAAAUUUA